AUGGCCAUGAUUAAUGGCUAUGGUUCACAUCCGUUUUAUUUAUUAAUGGAAAAAUCUGGAAAGAGUCAUGGAGUUUUUUUAUUUAAUAGCAAUGCUAUGGAUAUUAUAUUGCAGCCUGCACCUGCAAUUACAUAUCGCGUGAUUGGCGGAAUUUUGGAUUUUUAUUUUUUUUCYGGACCAACACCUUCAGAUGUUAUUACUCAGUACACUGAAAUUAUUGGCAAACCAUUUCUACCACCUUACUGGUCUUUAGGUUUCCAUAUGAGUCGCAAUUUUUUUUUUAGAUAUGGGCARACUUUUGAAGAUCUCGUUCAAGUUUAUAAUAGGACCAUAGAAGCUGGUAUUCCUUGGGACACUCAUUGGAAUGACAUUGAUUAUAUGGAUAAUAAAGAUGAUUUCACACUUUCUAACAAUUUCAAGCAACUGCCUGAGUACGUGAAUAAUUUACACAAGAAUGGAAUGCACCAUAUUAUUAUUUUGGAUCCAGGCAUUAAAUCACGGCAAUCAAAUGGAACAAUUUACGUCCCUUUAAAGGAUGGUCUCGACAACAAUAUUCUUAUAAAAAAUUCUGCUGGUCAACCACUGGAAGGAAAAGUUUGGAAUGACAUUGGAACAGUAUUUCCGGACUUCACACAUCCGAAUGCAACUCAAUUCUGGAAAAAACAGAUUUUAAAUUUUCACAAUAUUGUAAAAUUUGAUGGGUUAUGGUUGGAUAUGAAUGAACCGGCUAAUUUUGUCAAUGGUGAUUUUGAUGGAUGUUUGUCUUUUAAAUCUGGUCACUGGGAAUCACCUCAAUAUAUUCCUGGUAUAGUUGGUGGCCAUUUGAACUACAAAACUAUUUGCAUGUCUGCCAUUCAUUUUGCUGGUAUUCAUUAUGAUUUGCAUAAUUUAUAUGGACUUGUUGAAACUAUAUCUACUCAUGAUGCAUUGUCAGAAAUAAUGAAUACUAGACCUUUUGUCAUUUCUCGAUCUUCUUAUCCUGGUUUUGGACAUUAUGCUGGUCACUGGACUGGAGACAUAAACUCUUCAUGGGAUGAUAUGAAACAAUCCAUAACAGAUAUAAUAAAUUUUAAUUUAUUCGGCAUUCCCCUAGUUGGAGCAGAUAUAUGUGGUUUUCACCACGACACUACCGUUGAGUUGUGCUUAAGGUGGAUUCAAUUAGGAGCCUUCUAUCCAUUUUCAAGAAAUCAUAAUGGCCAGUAUAUGAAAGACCAAGAUCCAGCAGCUUUAGGCUCAAAAGUUCUAUUAUCUGCAAAAAAAUCAUUGAAUACUAGAUAUUAUUUAUUGCCAUAUUUGUAUUCGUUGUUUUGGAAAGCUCAUGUUUACGGAGAAACUGUCGUUCGACCUUUGUUUUUUGAGUUUCCAUCUGAUAAUAAUACAUAUGGCAUAGACACCCAUUUUCUAUGGGGUGCAGCAUUACUAAUCUUACCAGUUUUAAAAGAAAAAAAUCAUCACGUGUAUGUAUAUCUCCCAAAAGAUAUAUGGUAUGAUUUUUACAAUAAAACUGCAAUAUCAAGCAACGGAAAUUAUUUUGUCAUAACAGCGCCUGAUGACACUAUACCCUUACUGAUACGAGGGGGUUAUAUUUUACCAACACAAAUGCCUGAUUUAACUACAAAAUUAAGUCGUAAAAAUCACUUUGAACUCUUAGCAGCAACUAAACACAACCAAGCAACUGGUUUCUUAUUUUUUGAUGAUGGAAAGUCUUUAGAUGUUUGGAAAAACGAUUCAUAUAACAAAGUACAAUUUAAGCUUGCAAACAAUACAUUUUUCAGUAUAGUAGAGAAGAAUAAUUGUAUUGAUGACAACUUUGUAUUACAAAAUAUUACUGUACUUGGUAUCAAAGAAGGACUGACCAAUUCACAAGUUAAUGGAAUUCCAUUCAAGGGUUAUUACUUUAAUAAAACCGAACAAGUUUUAUACUUCAAAAUGUUAAACUUAGAUCUAAGGACACCAUUCAAUUUAACAUGGUAAAUUGUGAGCAUUAAUAAUGAACAAAUUUACAUAUACAAAAUUAUAAAGUUAUUAAAAUGAUGAAUAAUACACAUAAAUACGGUCGAUAAUAGUUCAGUUCAUACGUUAUAGUACCUACUAAUAUUAAGCACUUAUCAAUGUUUGAAUAGAAAAUUGCAUUAAUUAAAAACUAAUUUGAAUAUAAGAUUAUUACUUGGUUUUUUAAAAAAAAAUGAUGUUCAUUACUACAUUUAGUAUUUACUACAACUAGGAACCAACUAUAAUAUUUUAAACUCAACACUAAUAAACGCAAUGAUGUAUUUACCCUUCUGACGUCUUAAAAUGAAGAAAUAUCAAAGUGGUUUUGUAUUUGUUUUAUUUUUAUAAAUACAAGUUAUUUUCUAUUCAUAAAAUAUAAAUGCAAUCUAAAA